CACCCAACUUCCAUUAAGGACUCAGGGCAGGAGGGGCAGAAGUUGCGCACCGGCGGGCGAGCGGGCGGGCGCGAGCCGGACUCCGAGGCCUGCGUACGCGCGUGCGGGCGUGCGGGAGCCGGGCGCCGGGGAUCUGUCCCGGAGCGAGGAGCGCAGCAUGGAGCACCGGACAGUCGGCGCCUGCCUCGCCCUGCUGUGGGGCUGCGCGUUGGUGGCCGCGGCGGCUCAGGGCAAGGAAGUUGUCCUGUUGGAUUUUGAGGCUGCAAAAGGAGAACUUGGCUGGCUCACACAUCCCUAUGGCAAAGGGUGGGACCUGAUGCAGAGCAUAAUGGACGACAAGCCCAUCUACAUGUACUCCGUGUGCAACGUGGUGGCCGGCGACCAGGACAACUGGCUGCGCACCAACUGGGUGUACCGCGGCGAGGCGGAGCGCAUCUUCAUCGAGCUCAAGUUCACGGUGCGCGACUGCAACAGCUUCCCCGGUGGCGCCAGCUCCUGCAAGGAGACCUUCAACCUCUACUACGCCGAGUCGGACGUGGACUACGGCACCAACUUCCAGAAGCGCCAGUUCACCAAGAUCGACACCAUCGCGCCCGAUGAGAUCACGGUCAGCAGCGACUUCGAGGCGCGCAACGUGAAGCUGAACUUGGAGGAGCGCUCCGUGGGGCCGCUGAGACGCAAGGGCUUCUACCUGGCCUUCCAGGACAUCGGUGCCUGCGUGGCUCUGCUGUCUGUCCGCGUCUACUACAAGAAGUGUCCCGAGCUGCUGCAGGGCCUGGCUCGCUUCCCCGAGACCAUCGCAGGUUCCGAAGCACCCUCCCUGGCCACCGUGGCCGGCACCUGCGUGGACCAUGCUGUGGUGCCGCCAGGGGGCGAAGAGCCCCGCAUGCACUGCGCGGUGGAUGGCGAGUGGCUGGUGCCCAUUGGGCAGUGCCUGUGCCAGGAGGGCUACGAGAAGGUGGAGGACGCCUGUCAGGCCUGUUCACCGGGAUUCUUCAAGCCCGAGGCCUCCGAGAGACCCUGCUUGCCGUGCCCGGCACACACGCUGCCGUCCCCCGAGGGUGCCAGCUCCUGCGAGUGCGAGGAGGGCUACUUCCGGGCACCCGAGGACCCGCUGUCCAUGCCCUGCACACGCCCGCCCUCCGCCCCCCACUACCUCACCGCCGUGGGCAUGGGCGCCAACGUGGAGCUGCGGUGGACACCACCCCAGGACAGCGGGGGCCGCGACGACAUCGUCUACAGUGUCACCUGUGAACAGUGCUGGCCGGAGUCCGGCCAGUGCGGGCCCUGCGAGGCCAGCGUGCGCUACUCAGAGCCCCCCCACGCGCUGAAGCGGACCAGCGUGACGGUCAGCGACCUGGAGCCCCACAUGAACUACACCUUUGCCGUCGAGGCCCGCAAUGGUGUCUCGGACCUUGUGACCAGCCGCAGCUUCCGCACGGCCAGUGUCAGCAUCAACCAGACAGAGCCCCCCAAGGUGAGGCUGGAGGGCCGCAGCACCACGUCACUCAGCGUCACCUGGAGCAUCCCCCCGCCACAGCAGAGCCGAGUGUGGAAGUACGAGGUCACCUACCGCAAGAAGGGGGACUCCAACAGCUACAAUGUGCGCCGCACUGAGGGCUUCUCUGUGACCCUGGAUGACCUGGUUCCUGACACCACCUACCUGGUCCAGGUGCAGGCGCUGACGCAGGAGGGCCAGGGGGCUGGUAGCAAGGUGCACGAGUUCCAGACGCUGUCCACAGAAGGUUCUAGCAACAUGGCAGUGAUUAGCGGUGUGGCUGUUGGCGUCUUCUUGCUUCUGGUGCUGGCAGGAAUCGGCUUCUUCAUCCACCGCAGGAGGAGGAGUCUGCGCGCUCGCCAGUCCGCAGAGGACGUCUACUUCUCCAAGUCAGAGCAGCUGAAGCCCCUGAAGACGUACGUGGACCCUCACACAUAUGAAGACCCCAAUCAGGCUGUGCUCAAGUUCACCACGGAGAUCCACCCGUCCUGUGUCACCCGGCAGAAGGUGAUCGGAGCAGGAGAGUUUGGGGAGGUGUACAAGGGGACCCUGAAGGCGUCCUCGGGGAAGAAAGAGGUGCCCGUGGCCAUCAAGACCCUGAAGGCAGGCUACACAGAGAAGCAGCGCGUGGACUUCCUGAGCGAGGCCAGCAUCAUGGGCCAGUUCAGCCACCACAAUAUCAUCCGUCUGGAGGGCGUGGUCUCUAAAUACAAACCCAUGAUGAUCAUCACGGAGUACAUGGAGAACGGGGCCCUCGACAAGUUCCUCCGGGAGAAGGACGGCGAGUUCAGCGUGCUGCAGCUGGUGGGCAUGCUGCGGGGCAUCGCGUCGGGCAUGAAGUACCUGGCCAACAUGAACUACGUCCACCGUGACCUGGCUGCCCGCAACAUCUUGGUCAACAGCAACCUGGUCUGCAAGGUGUCCGACUUUGGCCUGUCCCGCGUGCUGGAGGAUGACCCCGAGGCCACCUACACCACCAGUGGUGGCAAGAUCCCGAUCCGGUGGACGGCCCCCGAGGCCAUCUCCUACCGCAAGUUCACCUCGGCCAGCGACGUGUGGAGCUACGGCAUUGUCAUGUGGGAGGUCAUGGCCUACGGCGAGCGGCCCUACUGGGAGCUGUCCAACCAUGAGGUGAUGAAAGCCAUCAACGAUGGCUUCCGGCUGCCCACGCCCAUGGAUUGCCCCUCGGCCAUCUAUCAGCUCAUGAUGCAGUGCUGGCAGCAGGACCGCGCCCGGCGCCCCAAGUUCGCGGACAUCGUCAGCAUCCUCGACAAGCUCAUCCGCGCCCCCGACUCCCUCAAGACCCUGGCUGACUUCGACCCCCGGCUCUCCCUCUCCCUCUUCCUGCCUGCCCGCAGCGACAUUAAGAGGAUCGGGGUGCGGCUGCCCGGCCACCAGAAACGCAUUGCCUACAGCCUACUGGGACUCAAGGACCAGGUGAACGCCGUGGGGAUCCCCAUCUGAGCCGCCGCCUGGUGCGCCCUCGGCCGAGAGUACUUGAAGGAUCCAGAUGGCCCCCUGCCGGCUCUGCAGUUGGCCACCAGGGACCUUAUUUAUUUCUAGUUGUUCUUAUUGAUGCCCCCCCCCUGAGGACUCUGCUGGGGGGUCAUGGAGGACAUCCUGCCCUGAACUGAUGAGACCCUCGGGGAUGCUGGCCGAGGCCUCGUCCCCAGUGAGGGACACGGCCCAGCACUUAGCAGGCACCAUCAAGUUCCCAGCAUGCCCCCGGGCAAGCCCCACCGAGACCUCGGGCAUCCACGAGGGACAUUCCAAACUGACCCCCACUUUGCCUCCUCCCACCUGGUAGAAGCCACCUUGGGAGAUGGGGGUCAGCCCUGGCCACUUGAACAGGUGGCCGCCUCAAGCCCCACCCCUCGCUGAACGAGGGCAGACCUUGAACUUGGCUGGGUGAGAGCCACAGUGGUGCUCCGUCCCUCGGGCCUUCUGCAGACCCCAGGCCCUGUCCUCAGCCCUAACAGGCCAAUCUCUUGCUCUCCUGGGCCCUUUCGGGACGCUUGGUUGUGUUGAGGUUUUUUUAAAUCUGUAUUUUGUACUUCAUGGAGAGAGUGCACGUGUGGCAGGGGCCCCGCAGGGCUGGGGGCAGAGCGGGCCUGGGUGGACGCGGCCAGGCUUCGGGCACCGAUGCUGCCGGAGGUUCCUGCCGGCCGCCCGUCCACCCCAUCUCCCGCCCUCUGGACGACAUUCCCACAUUGUCAGUGUUAAUGACUUUGUUUUGUUGGAUAUUUUUUGAAACCUUAAUUUAUUAUUUUUUUUUUAUAUUUAUUGUUAGAAAAUGACUUAUUUCUGCUCUGGAAUAAAGUUGCAGAUGUUCAAACCGA